GCAACACCACAUGUCAUUUGGAGGUUGAGCGGAUGUGACUGGCAAGAACAUUAGUUUGUCUCCGGUGUAGGUUGCGACCGCAGCAACAACGACAUCCCACCUCGGUUGUUCACCGUUUGUUCUUACACAGCAAGGUCAUGGUUCACAAAGUAGCCAUCGUGGGCUCCGGCAACUGGGGCUCAGUGAUAGCUAGAAUCGUCGGCGCGAACGUAAUCGCGCAGCCAGACCUUUUCGACCCGACAGUCAAUAUUCACGUCUACGAAGAGCUUGUGGAUGGCAAGAAGUUAACCGAGAUUAUCAACACCCAACACGAGAACGUCAAGUAUCUCCCGGGAUUCAAGUUUCCCACCAAUGUGGUGGCCAUCCCCGACGUCGUCGAGGCUUGCAAGGAUGCAGACAUCAUCAUUUUCGUUUUGCCUCACAAAUUCGUUAAACCCACCUGCGCUCCGCUGGUCGGGAAGAUCAAGAAUACAGCCAUUGGAGUCUCCCUCAUAAAAGGCUUCGAUAUUGUCCCUGGCAAGGGUAUCACGCUUAUCUCGAACGUUAUCAAGGAGCUCCUGAAUAUUCCAUGUGGGGUUCUCAUGGGCGCGAAUUUGGCCAAUGAAGUUGCCGCGGAGAAGUUCUGCGAAGCGACACUCGGUGUGAAAUCUCCGGAAACAGGUGCAGUCCUCAAGAAAUUGUUGCAGACAAAUUUCUUCAGAAUCACAAUCACGGAUGAUAUCUCGACUAUUGAGGUGUGCGGCUCAAUCAAGAACAUCGUCGCAUGUGGUGCUGGAUUCGUUGACGGCCUAGGCUUGGGCGAUAACACGAAGGCCGCUGUCAUUCGGCUAGGAUUGAAAGAAAUGAUCGCUUUUGCGAACCAGUACUAUCCCGGAGCGAAGCUGGAUACUUUCUUCGAGAGCUGCGGAGUCGCUGAUCUUGUUACGACGUGUUAUGGUGGCCGAAAUCGCCGGGUAUCGGAGGCCUUCGUUAAAGCAGGCGGGAAAAAAACCAUCGAGGAAUUGGAGAAAGAGAUGCUCAAUGGAAUGAAACUCCAAGGUCCUGAAACCGCAGCCGAGGUGUAUGAAAUGCUGAAAAUCAAUGAUCAGCUCGAAAGGUUCCCAUUGUUCGUCGCAAUCCAUCGUAUCUGCAUCGGGGAAAUCGCUCCCGAUAAAAUGGUAGAAUGCAUCCGUAACCACCCUGAGCACAUGUGAAGCUCUCCGGCGCCAAUUUUCCUGACUGGCGUUCUCUGUUCUUGUAAUGAAUUUUCUUAAUCCCGAGAUCCCUUGGCUAUACGAAUUCCUCGAAAGAGAUCCGAGCCGAAAGAUCAUAGGCCAUAGCUAGGACAGGAAUAGGCGAGUUUCUGCCGCUUAUCAAUGCUCUUCUGACGAAACCAUAGCUGAGAGAGCAUGGACAAUAUUGACACGAUUAAUAUACUAUAGUGAAUCAACCAAUGAUAGGAGUGACGAUCCAUACGGAUGCGUUGAAUGCAUUGCUCGCCUGCAUCGCGUAACCCAUGAAGGAGUCGGGUCUGAGCACGGGGAAGCUCAAUUGAUUUUAGGCGGCGCCACGUUACGCUUUUCAUCUGGUGUUACCAUUUUAGAGACUACUAUCAGAGUUCCUGGUAACUCGAGUUGUUGCGAAUCUGAAGGAAGCCCCAUGCAGGCAGUGAGAUGUUUUUCUGCAUCGAGGACAAGAAUUUAAUAAAAGUUUCCGAAUGCUCCAAUCAAGAAGGGAGGACGAUUUCAAACACGGCCGUGAACUCGGCUGUUGCGUGACAGCUCAUGUUAGCCGGCUAUCUUCCGGAAUGACUGUUCUUCUACGAGACUCUUAAUAAAUGAUCAGAAAUUUGAAC